CAUUGACUGGCACUUGCGGUAAGCUUAUUUGGAUCAUUGCAACAGGCAGAACGGUGGACAUAAAGUUUAGUUUUCACUGGAACCUCAUUAAGCCCAGCUGGUAACAGAGUAAUAUCAUUUCACAGUCAGAAUGGACAUAUCAUCAAGUAAUGUAACAAGUGCUGAGGAUCCUCUCAUUCUGAUUCUGGCACAGAUUAAACAGUACAAUGAAAACAUAAAAGAUGUACUGGAAGAUUCUCAUCCCAAAAAUAAUGAAGAUCUAACAGAGCAAAUAUUUUCAUUAACGCUCUUAAUUCACAACCUCAGCAGAACCGUCUGUGCCAAUCUGAGUACAGCAACGGAAAGUUUGCAGAAGACAUUUCAUCUCUUAAAAGGACUUCAGGAUACAUUUAAGGAGCUGAGUGCAAGUAAUGAACACAUCAAUUACCUUAUCGCAGUCAAGCAAAUACUUGGAAAUACAGCAAGAGACCUUAAACUAGCUGAGGAACAAUUGGAUAAUAUCACCGCUCAUUAUAAAAACACUGUGGAUGAAGAAAACAAAAAGAAUGUGGCAGGCAGCGUUGCAAAUGGAGAUACUGAGGGAUUCAUUAACAACAGAGAAAUCACAGAUAUCACCGAAUCCCCUGAACCCAGAAGAAUUGCAGAUCAGGAAAAGGAAUUAACAAGAAAUACACAAAGCGAGGAAACUGACAACUUAACAAUAAGUGAUACAAAUGAUCUUUCCCAUAAAAGCGACAAUGAAGAUGAAGCCCAGGAAACAAUAGAGAAAAGGAAAGAGAAUAGUAAGUCAGUAUAUGCGGAGGAAACCAAGCAAAGAGACAAGCAGGAAUUAAAUACCACCUCUUACCACAAGGAGGAGUAUAAGGAUUCUGAGUGUGAUAAAAGUGAUAAACAGAACUUCAUGGAACUGUCUAGUACCGAUGUCACAGUUAAUGGAACAACUGUGAACCUUUUAGUAGAAAGUUUAAUGGAAAACCGGACAUAUAAAGAAUAUACCCUGCAGGAAAAGGGUGACAGUGAUGAUAGGUUAGCCUGCUUCAUCAAAGCCCCUCCUUCAGUCUUGCAGAAGCUACAAUGUAGGUUUAGGGAUGACAUCAGCUCCUUGGUGGUAUCAGAUUCGGAAGAAUUGGUCAGCAGUGUUUUGCGUGUUUCAAGUGUUGACACUGAUCUCAAAAUCCCAUUUCCCAUCAACAUUUCAAUCCCAUUCAGUAGCCAUUAUAGAGGAAGCUAUAAGGAUAUAAUGAUUAAAGCAAUUGAAAAAAAGUUUCAGGCGAGUUACCUAACACCUCAUUCUUUAGAUGGACAUCAUGGACAACACAAGGGAAGUUUUGCAGAGGUCAAGGUGUACAAGCUCGGUACAUUUUGUGUAGUUUCCUGUCUGAAGAAAGAGAAUUUUACUAUUCUUAAAAAAGGAUUAUCUUUAAAGUUGAACGUGGAUUCUCGGAUCUCCUUAAAUUACCCCCCAGGCUGCUUCAGCUCCUCGGUAAUUGUGCAAUUUAAGGUCCAACCAAUUGAUACCUCACUGAUCUCCGCACUGAAAGUAAAACACGAUGUAUACCACCCUGUAGUAUCUACCAGCCCACUCAUCCAUGUGAAACAGCCCGCAGUCCAUGUGUUACACAAACCUGUCACUGUGUUCCUGCCAUGCCCUCCAAACCCAGAGAAAAAAAAGUCAGUAAAUGACACGGAAAAUAAGAGGGCGUCAAGUGCUGCAGCUUCAAAUUCCGCAGUCACGCAUCAGAUUCGAGCUGUGAGUGCCUCAGUCAGGAAGCAUGGGACUAAUCCUAGUGAAUUACUGAAAUUGCUGGCAUUAAAGGAAGAUCACUGGAUUAUAUUAGAUGACAUUGUGGUGAAAAACACACAGACCGGAAUUGUCUCAUUUGAAAUAAAUGAACAUAUACAAAGCUUUAUCAUCGUUCGUCUGUCUUCCACCAUGGACAAUGUAUAUUUGAUUAGCUUUAUUCAGAGUUUGGAAAAUGCUUUACGUAGUUCAAUGGUCAAUGUGGUGCUGCACAGGAAGAAAGAGAACUUAGAGAAAGUUAUUAUUAAACUGGUUCCUUCCAAAGAACUAAACUGGGAGAUCUCUGCCCUGGUGGAGUCAGGAUAUACUGAGCCUUCUGAACCAAUUGUUCUUCAAGAAGGGGACCAAAUUCAUUGUCAUUUCUAUGGAAACAUAGCAGCGUCAGAUGGCAAACUCACAUUUCAUUCCCAAAGAAUGCAGAAUCUAUCUCUAGAUCUCAGAGUUGUUGAUGAGUUUGGAAAUUAUAGCUCUCCACAUUAUAAGGGGACAGUCGCGUUCUACAAAUUAUCCAAAGAGGACAUCACAGAAAGUUACAAAACCGGGCUGGCCAUUGAUUUACAGCAAAGGACUCCAGUAUGCAAACUUCCGUUAUCUCUACCAAAGGUGGAGAAAAACAUCAGCCGCCCAUCAAGUACAAAAUUAAUAACUUGUGAACCUACAGAUUUGCUAUGGGACAGCGUGUUGAAAUGGGUGUCUCAUGAGCUAUCAGAAGAAGAUGCCGCGGAGAUGCUACUUUCUCUCCCCAUUCGCCGCAGCACCAUUCAGUUGGUCAGACUGAAGAGUCCAAAUAACCUGUCCGCCCAGAUCUAUGAACUGCUGAGUCUCUGGAAGAAGAGACUCCCCACAUCGACAGACAAGUUCCAUCUUUUAGCUCGCCACUUGCUCAAAAGUGGGAGGAGCGAUCUUGUGGAGCAAAUGAAAAUAAAAUGGGAGUCCCACAUGUCUGGUUCAGCAAAGGUUUAAAUUUUGUAUGCAAUGAAAUAACUACUGAGGCAGCUUGCUAGGGGAUUCUUUUAACGGCCAGUAAGUGAUAUUAACUGCGUACACAUGUUAAAAUAACUGAAAAUACUUGUCCACCUCCACAAUUAUAUAAAAAAAUAUUCUUUGUGCAAUUAUAUCUACAGUAUUAUACCAAAAACUAUAUACAGGGUAUACACUAUAUAAAUGGAAAUCAUGAGACAUCUUUCUAGAAAAGUCAUAGAAUAACACUAUUAUUAUUAUCCCUUAUUUAUAUGGCGCCACAUGUGAUUCACAGCGCCCAAUCACAAAUAUGCAUAACAUGAAGACAGUGACUUACAAUUCAAUACAAUAUAGGACAAGUACAGGGUAUACAAACAUAGCUGAGUCAGUAAGCAGCACUGAAAUAGGUAUCAGGGCUGCAGAAAACCGAGGGAUUUGGUGCCAUCAAAGGGAGUAUUGAAAAGAAGAUAGGUUAAGUAAGUAAGAGAUGUAAAAGCACGUGAGGGAAGAGGACCCUGCUCGUGAGAGCUUACAUUCUAAAGGGGAGGGGCACACAGACAGGGGUGACACAGAUGGGGUAGAAAGUGAGCUUGGGCCAGUAAGAGAGGAGAGGUGGAUGUAGUGCGUUUGGUGAGGAAGAUGAUCCAGGCAGCAACACUAAGGAUAGAUUUGAAGUGGAGAGAUGUAUGUGUUAGGGAUGCCAGUCAGGAGGAGAUUACAGUAGCUCAGUCUGGAGAUGACCAGUGAGUGGAUAAAGGUCUUAGUGGAUCCUGGGUGAGAAAGGGUCUGAUCCUGGAAAUAUUUUUGAGAUGAAAAUGACAGGUUUGUGAUAGGUGCUGAAUGUGUUUUUUGAAGGAGAGGGAGGAGUCAAGGAUUACUAGUAGUGCCAUCUAUAGAUAAUGAAAUUGUGGGAGGUGAGGUUUUGCGGGAGGGAGGGAAGAUGAUCAGUCUUAGACAUGUUAAGUUUAAGAAAGUGCUGGAACAGCCAAGAAGAGAUAGCAGAGAGACAUUUGUAUACACGAGUGAGGAGAGCAGGAGAGAGGUCAGGGGAGGAAAGGUAGAUUUGAGUAUCAUCAGCAUAGAGAUGAUAUUGUAAGUCAAAAGAGCUAAUGCGUUCAUCUAAAGAGGAUGUAUAGAGAGAGAAAAGGAGACGACCAAGGACAGAACCUUGUGGGACAUCUACAGUUAGUAGAAGUGGGGGGGAGCUGGAGCCAUGAGAGGAGACAGAGAAGGAACAGUCGGAAAGGUAGGUUAGCCAAGAGAGGGCAGUAUUAUGUAGACCAAGAAAAUGAAGGAUUUGCAGAAGGAGAGGGUGGUCGACAGAGUCAAAAGCAGUAGAGAGGUCAAGUAGAAUAAGCAAAGAGUAGUGACCCUUGGAUUUAGCAGAAAAGAGGUCAUUCCACACUUUUGUGAGGGCAGUUUCAGUGGAAUGAAGAGGACAGAAGCCAGACUGGAAUGGGUCAAGCAGUGAGUGAGAGGAAAGAAAGGCAGGAAGGCGGUUAUAGACAAUACGCUCAAGGAGUUUGGAGGCAUAAUGAAGGAGAGAGAUGGGUCGAUAGUUGGAGAGAGUGUGUGGAUAAAGGGUAGGGUUUUUAAGAAUAGUGGAGAUGAGUGCAUGUUUGAAAGCAGAGGGGACAGUGCCUGGUGAGAGGGAGAGAUUUAGGAGGUGGGCAAGAUGGUAACAGGCAGAGAGAGAGAGGCAGCGGAGGAGGCGGGAGAAGAUAGGGUUAAGUGGGGAGGUGGAGGAGGGUGAGGAACAGAUGAGAGCCAUGACUUCCUCACCAGAUACAUGGGAGAAAGAUGUCAGAGUUGGUAAGAGGGAAGGGGAGGGGUGGCAGGAGAUAGGAGGUGGCUGGUUGCUGAUUUUUUGGUGGGAUGUGAUGUCCUGAUGAAUGGAGUCAAUUUUGGAUGUGAAGUAAGUGGCAAAAUCAAGAGCAGAGAGUGAGGAGGGGAGAAGAGAUAGGGGUGGGCAUAGGAAGGAGUUGAGAGUCGCAAAGAGGUGCCAGGGGUUGGAAGACUGGGUGGAUAUGAGGUUCUUGAAGUAUGAGUGUUUAGCGAGGGAAAGGGCAGCACUGAUUGAAGAGAGCAUAAGUUGAAAUGGAGAAGUCUGCCUUAGAGCGUGAUUUCCUCCACAGUCGCUCAGCAGUAGGUGAGCAUUUUUGUAAAUAUCUUGGAGUGCCAGGGUUAAGGUGUUAAUCUGCAAGGGUGAAUAGUGGUUGGUGAAGCGCCAGAGUCAAGAACAGAAGUAAGGGAAGCAUUGUAUAGGGAUGUGGCUUGUUCAGGGCGUGAGAGAGACAGUAUAGGAGAGAGAAGCGAGUCGAGUACGGAGGAUAGGGAAGUGGUGUCGAUAGCCUCAAUGUUGCAUUUACUGAUGAUAGCCUUAGGAGGUAGAGAUGGAGUAGCAGAGAGAGAUAAGUUAAAGGAGAGCAUGUGGUGAUCUGAGAGGGGAAAUGCGGAGUUGGAGAAAUCAGAAAUAUCACAACGGUGAGUGAAGACCAGAUCCAGUGAGCUCCCAUUCAUAUAGGAGGGGGAGAAGGUCCACAGGGAGAGACCAAGUGAAGAUGUAAGGUUAAGGAGUUUAGAGGCAGUGGAUUUUGGUCUUAAUUCAGAUCUGAUCGCGGCAGCAAAUUUGUUAGCUAAUGGGCAAAACCAUGGGCCUAAUGCAGACCCGAUCGCUGGGCAGCAAUUUUUACUGUGCUGCGAUCAGAUUGCCGUCGCCUACAGGGGGAGUGUAUUUCAGCUGUUCAAGUGUGAGAAUGCAUGUGUAGCAGAGCUGCACAAACUGAUUUUGUGCAGUCUCUGCGCAGCCCAAGACUUACUCAGCCGCUGUGAUCACUUCAGCCUGUCCGGGAACAGAAUUGACGUCAGGCACCCUCCCUGAAAACGCUCGGACACGCCUUAGUUUUUCCAGACACUCCCAGAAAACGGUCAAUUGUCACCCACAAAUGCCCUCUACCUGUCAAUCUCCUUGCGUUCGCCUGUGCAAUCGCAUUUUUUUGCACCAUUCCGAUGCUAUGCACCGAUGCCCGAUGCAGACGUCUGACAUGCCUGCGCAUUGCGGUGCAUACGCAUGCGCAGUUCAGAACUGAUCGCAGGCUGUGAGAAAAUGCAUCCUAGCGAUCAGGUCUGAAUUACCCCCCAUGUGCAGUGCACGGGGGGCAGAUGUAACAUGUGCAGAGAGAGUUAGAUUUGGGUGGGUUAUUUCGUUUCUGUGUAGGGUAAAUACUGGCUGCUUUAUUUUUACACUGCAAUUUAGAUUUCAGUUUGAACACACCCCACCCAAAUCUAACUCUCUCUGCAUAUGUUAGUUAUAUCUGCCUCCCCUGCAGUGCACAUGGUUUUGCCCAUUAGCUUACAAAUUUGCUGCUGUGAUCAACUCUGAAUUAGGCCCUUUGUGGGGAUAUCAAUUGACUCACACUUUUAUUUAAACAUGUACAAAUGUGUGUACAAAGUACAAACUGAGGCUAAUCUGUCCAAAAACCUUUAUAUACCUAUUUAGGUUUUAUAGCUAGCCCAUCUUACAGCAAUAUUUUUCUGUAUUA